AUGGAAACCAGGAUUUUCUCUCUGCUCUUUCUCAGUCUUCUUCUCCAAUCCUCCCAUGGGAGAAGUGGGUCAUCUUCUUCGGGUAGCUUCGACCCGACCCGGGUCAUUCAUCUGUCGUGGAACCCUAGGAUUUUUUUGUAUAAAGGAUUUCUGAGUCACAAAGAGUGUGACCAUCUGAUUAAUCUGGCUAAAGAUAAGAUGCAGAGAUCUUUGGUCGUGGACGACGAAACUGGGCAGAGUAUGGAAAGCACUGUCCGGACGAGCUCCGGCAUGUUUCUUAAGAAAUCUCAGGACGACGUCGUUUCUACAAUCGAAAACCGAAUUGGAGCGUGGACUUUCCUUCCUUCUGAGAAUGGCGAGAACUUACAGAUUCUGCACUACGAGUACGGCCAACAAUACGAGCCUCAUUUCGACGUUCUCCCCGACGAGGUCGACGCCGAUUUCGGCGGCCACCGCACCGCCACUGUGCUCAUGUAUCUUUCCGACGUCGCCGCCGGCGGCGAGACAGUUUUUCCCGAUUCACCAAUGAAACACAGACAGCUUAAGGGCGACGACUGGUCGGAUUGUGCUAAACAAGGCUUUGCAGUGAAACCGAGUAAAGGCGACGCGCUGUUGUUCUUCAGUCUUCACCCGAACGGAACCACCGAUCCGAUGAGCUUGCACGGCAGCUGUCCCGUGAUCAAAGGCGACAAAUGGUCGGCGACAAAGUGGAUUCACAUUCGAUCUUACAACCUGCGCGCAAAAACAGCCGGUGACAAGUGCGUUGACGAGAACGAAUCGUGCGCCGGGUGGGCAGCCGCCGGUGAAUGCGAGAAGAAUCCAGUUUACAUGGUCGGCAGCGAGGAUUCCCUCGGCUACUGCCGGAAAAGCUGCAAAGCGUGCUCGUAA